GAAAAUCGAGACAUUCCUAAACAUUCUGGUGACAUUCACAUCAGACAUUUGUGAAGCAUGCGCACUGAAUGGUUGAUGGCGAUCAAAUGUCACAACAGCUCCGAGUAGUUACUAUUAGCAGGGCGUUGAGUUAUCUGCAUCAUAGAGCUACCCCAAUCAUUAUUGCAAUUCUUCGCCUCAUCUGUGACGAAAGGAGUAUGUAACGGUACGAACGUGAACAUGAAAAAUUAAUCAAUAAUCGUGUCAGCAGGACCGAGCUGAAUCGUUUUGAAAACUUGCCAAUUGUAAACGGAGAAUUUGUGGUGUAGUUAUUUGAAGGUUGAUUAUGCAGCUAAUCAAGGACAUAAAUGUGAAAAUAUGAAAUGCAAAUGAUACGGAAUCCGAUUCAGCGAGUAAACGUGUCAUAGGUUUAGCCCAGCCAUUGAAGUGAUUUCUACUACAGAGGAAAAAUAUUGUUGUGAAAAACCGAGCUUGGAACUAGAAUUCGGCGAAUAUCAAUCAUUCUGUGAAGUAGUUUUUGAGUAUCUAUCAUUUGCAAAGCUGGUGGAUUUUUAAGGUGAAUAUCUUACCAUAAGAACACAUUCCAAAAUGCCUAUAGUGAACAUAUUGAAACGUGCGUCUAGCUACAUCAUGGGAAGUGAUGAGGACGAGGGUGAAAGUAAUGAACUCGUUUAUGAAGACAACGAAGUUCUAUUCUGUAAGAAUAACAUUUGCGUCCACCCGCCGGCGGUCGUUCGCCAGGAAUCUGACAUUUUACAUUACCCCGGAUAUUUGACUGUCACUACGAAAACCUUCAUCGAUCAGUAUAAUAAUGCCAAGAGACCUACCCUCUUUCUCACGUGGAUUCCAAAUUCCACCUUGCGAAAAUGUCCUUCUACCGUUGAAAAUUGCGGAUUCUUUCGCACAAGCAGUCUGUUUGAGAACAAACUGAAACAACACCAACAACUUCACCAGAUGCAGCAACAAUCGUCGAAAGAUAAUCAAACACAAAAACCUGACUCCGUUCAUCAUCAACCGGAAAAAUCUGAUAGCAACCCAUUUACUACUACAAUAAAAAUUGCUAAUACAAAUCCAUUCCUGGAACCCUAUAAUGAAACUCUAGCACAGUCAUCAACCGAAACAAAAUCUAUGAAUUGUUCGGAUUACUCAGAAACCAUCAGUAUCAGUUCGAAUUCAGACAAAGCCAGUCUUUGCAACAGCAACGAAUACAGUCGUGAGGAUGUCCACGAUGACGAAGAAGACGAAGGCAUCAUUACUUCGGAGACGCAUACAAGCAUUGUGGAAGAAACGGCCGAAGAACAGGAAUUGAAAACCGAACUUCAACCGUUGAUAGAAUCGGAAGAAUCGAAGGCAACCAACGUGGUUAAGGUGCUGGUCCCGCAAGCUUCGGUUACAUCGGUUAACAUAACGAUCGCGAAUCCCCACAUCCAGAAUGUGGACAUUUCACCGCCGGAAACGUCGAUGCCCCAUAACGAGCGCUUCAUGCGGUCGCUCUCAAUAACGUCCAAUGACGAAAACAAUCCCAACUGGAUGUCGCCGGAACUGUUGGCGUACAAGCACAAUCUGGCCUUUCCGGAGAGUGCUUCGGCUUCACCGAUCGUCAGCCGCAAAGCCCCGCUGAAAUGUAGAAGAUUUUCCGUAGAUCUGAGUCAGAUGCGAGCACUCCGUUUGUUCUUCAAUGACGAAAAUUGCACAUCCGGCCAGUUGGUGAUCGCCUCAAGAGAAUCUCAGUACAAGAUCCUGCACUUCCACCACGGUGGACUGGAUCACCUGGCACAAGUCCUGCACCAGUGGCACUGUCUUCUGCACAAUAUCAAGCUGGCCCCAGGCCAGGACGAACCAAAUCUUCCAUAUCGGCAGUUCAUGGUGUGUCGACCGGAAGUACGGAAAGCUGAGCUACACCCAGAGGAAGGAAAGGUCAACAAGAUCACGACAGAUUACUUCUACGGGACGCUGUUGAACGAGAAAGGACAAAUUGAGGACGAUCUACAGUUACGGAAGUGCGUGUUCUUCGGUGGACUAGAGAAAAGUUUACGCAAAACGGUCUGGCCUUUCCUGCUGCACUGCUACAGCACCAAUUCGACAUUCGAAGACCGUGCAGCGUUGGCGGAAAUUCGGCGUCAAGAGUACGAAGAGAUUACAAGACGACGACUUUAUUCGAUGUCACCGGAGGCACAAGCCCAGUUCUGGCGUACGGUGCAGUGCGUGAUAGAGAAAGACGUGAUUCGGACGGAUCGUGGGAACCCCUUCUUCGCCGGCGACGACAACCCAAAUAUUGAUACCAUGAAAAAUAUUCUGCUGAACUAUGCUUUCUACAAUCCCGGAAUGUCGUAUACACAAGGUAUGAGCGAUCUGUUAGCUCCCGUUCUAUGUGAGAUAAAAAAUGAAUCAGAAACUUUCUGGUGCUUCGUGGGUCUUAUGCAACGAGCAAUUUUUGUUUGCACACCUACUGACAACGACAUCGAUCGGAAUUUGUGUUAUUUAAGGGAAUUGAUACGACUGAUGGUUCCUAGCUUCUACAAGCACCUUCAAAAGCACACCGAUGCCAUGGAAUUACUGUUUUGUCACCGUUGGAUUUUAUUAUGCUUCAAGCGUGAGUUCACAGAAGCGGUGGCGAUUCGAAUGUGGGAAGCCUGUUGGUCCAACUAUUUGACCGACUACUUUCAUCUGUUUCUCUGUCUGGCCAUCAUCGCGGUCUAUGCCGAUGACGUAAUUGCUCAAGAUUUGCGAACUGACGAGAUGCUGUUACAUUUUAGUUCACUAGCUAUGUACAUGGACGGCCAGCUGAUUCUGCGCAAGGCCCGCGGUUUACUGCAUCAGUUUCGCCAAUUCCCCAAAAUACCAUGCACACUGUCGGGAUUGUGUAAGCGAUGUGGACCUGGAAUGUGGGAUUCUGGACACCACCCUUCUAUCGAAUGCAUCGGCCAUCUGGAUUAUGAAAAAUGUGCGCUGGCGGUGGACUAAACUUUACUAUACGAAGCGAGAGAAUGAAGCAUUCCAGUGAUAACAAAGUGUUUCAAAAACCCUAUGAUCAGAAUGAAGUAAGAUCAGACGAAGCUUUAUUUUUCUUAGUUUAAGCAUCACAUAGACAGAGACAAAUCUAUGAACGUAGUUUUAUGCGCUUAAUGGUAAAUCGAUUUCUCAUUCAGCAAGGAAUUUAUCUACAUCAUAUGGACAGACCCAGUUCAAUAUAGGUUAAACAUCUUUGCGGUUCAUGAUGUGCAUAUAUUUAUUACGGAACUAUUUAGCUAUUAAUGCUGUUAUUUUAUUGUUAAGUGGGUCUUUUAACCGUCAUGCUGUAUAAGUUGCUAUAUUAGUAAACAAAUUUAAACAAGUAGAUAACGCAAUAUAACUGCAGGAUGUUUAUAUCAAAAUACAAUCAUACACACGCACGCAAACGUUUCAGCAAACGAAGAACAAUAAAAAAAUGUAGUCAUGGAGCUUUGCUUUCUACUAUAUCAUACUCAAAUAGCUCACAAUUAGAGGAUUUACAUUAUUUUACUUAAAUAUUAUGGGUAGAAAGGGCAAGACACUGUUCCGCUUGAUUUAGUGAAAACUAUUUGUUCGUAGUAACAAAAAGUAAGAAUACUUUGUUUUUUUUUAAUUUCUGCCAAAUUUGAAAAUGUUCACUUGCACUUCAGUUCACAAAUAUUGUGUAAUGAGCAGUUUAUAAUUAUGUUUUUACAUAUUUUCUUAUCUCAUAUGAGAAAUGAAAUAAUUACAUCUCGGCAACAACGAGAUUUAAGUAAUAAUGAUUUUUUUUAUUCAUUUUCAAAAAUAGCUUCAAAACGAUCCUACUCAUCAUACUCUUACGUUACUCUUGUAUGCUUUCUUGCCUGUUCUAUUCCUAUUCCUAAUCUAAAGAGAUACCUAAUUCAUUGCUUUUUAUAUUUGCGCAAAAAUUAUUUUCUGUAAUCAUUUUAUCAAACUGGACUAUACAUAGCUGAAGAUUAAAUAGAAAACAAAACAAUAGUCUGAUUACACAUAAAGGUUUGUAGGAGAUCGUUCAUUUAACGUGCAAAAAAACGUGUAUGUAAAGCUACGAAACACAAAAAAGUCAAACUAAAAAAAAGAUAUUUUUGCACAGGUACCGAGUAGUUCAUGUUGAAAAAAUAUUUACAAUUAAUUUAUUUUACUGCCUUGCCAAUAGGGCAAUGGCCAGAAGAUCAAAUCAAAGUAUUACGAAUCACUUGAUAAUAGCUAUGCGGUUAUGGGAAUGAGGGCAUAAUGAUUGUUUGAAAAGAGAAUUUUCGCUGUUCAUUAGUUCUGUCUGUGAAAUAAUCAAUUUCAAUAAGAAUACCAUACCAACUCUAUGCUAACACAGCUGUAAAAAACGCAGUUUUUUGGUAUAUCUCAAUCCAUUGAAUUCAUUGUAGCAAACUGGAAAUGCAUAUCGAUGUUUGUUUACUUGAGGCAGUUAUUGCAGAGACCAUCGAAUCAUGACAAUAUAUUGAUAUCAGUAACAUAAACUCCUUGGAAAGAUGUUCGUAAGGACCAUCGCAGUUACGCCAGAAUUAAUAAUGUUUUAAAAUAGCAUAACUUGCUUUAAUGCGCCAAAAACCAAGUCCUGGGGCCCUGCUUAGUCGUGCGGUAAGACGCGCGGCUACAAAGCAAGACCAUGCUGAGGGUGCCUGGGUUCGAUUCCCGGUGCCGGUCUAGGCAAUUUUCGGAUUGGAAAUUGUCUCGACUUCCCUGGGCAUAAAAGUAUCAUCGUGCUAGCCUCAUGAUAUACGAAUGCAAAAAUGGCUUAGAAAUGUGAGGUUUGAGGUUGAUAAACUGUGGAAGUGCUUAAUGAACACUAAGCUGCGAGGCGGCUCUGUCCCAGUGUGGGGAUGUAAUGCCAAUCAGAAGAAGAAGAAGGAGGGUCCACAAACUCGCCUUGUAACUAACGCAGGGAUGAAACCUGGAAUACCAAUGGACCCAAUACUAAGUUUUUCAAAGUAUAAAAAAAUAAUCAUAAUUUUUAAUAUAGUAUUUUUUUAAUAUAGUAUUUAAUAAAGUUUCAAUGAUUUCGUUCAACAGAUAGUUGCUACAAAUAUGAAGCGUGGGAUAUGAUAACGAAGUUAUCAAAAUGCUAUGAAAUGUCUUGGGGGUCGUACACUAAUUACGUAAGC